GUGCUUCAUAAUGGAGGACAGGGGUUAUCUGGUGGCUCAUCCAACGCUCGUUGACCCCAAAGGCCAUGCGCCUCUGGAGCAGCAACACAUCACCCACAAGGAGCCCCUGGUGGCAAACGACAUCCUGAACCACCCAAACUUUGUGAAGAAGAACCUGUGCAACAGCUUCAGCGACCGGACAGUGCAGAGAUCUUACAAGUUCAAUACCAGCCUGGUGGGCGACUUGACAAACCUUGUACAUGGCAGCCACUGUUCUAAGUACCGCUUGGCAAGGAUCCCAGGCACCAACGCGUUUGUCGGCAUUGUCAACGAGACCUGCGACUCCCUUGCCUUCUGCGCUUGCAGCAUGGUGGACCGUCUGUGUCUCAACUGCCACCGAAUGGAACAAAAUGAAUGUGAAUGCCCUUGUGAGUGCCCCCUGGAGGUCAAUGAGUGCACUGGCAACCUCACAAAUGCCGAGAACAGAAACCCAAGCUGUGAGGUGCACCAGGAACCAGUGACGUACACAGCUAUCGACCCCGGCCUGCAGGACGCCCUGCACCAGUGUGUCAACAGCAGGUGCAACCAGAGACUGGAAAGUGGGGACUGUUUCGGGGUGCUGGACUGCGAGUGGUGUGUGGUGGACAGCGACGGGAAGACUCACCUGGACAAAUCCUACUGUGCGCCUCAGAAAGAAUGCUUCGGAGGGAUCGUGGGAGCCAAAAGUCCCUACGUGGAUGACAUGGGGGCCAUCGGUGACGAGGUGAUCACGCUAAACAUGAUUAAGAGCGCCCCCGUGGGCCCUGUGGCCGGAGGGAUCAUGGGCUGUAUCAUGGUACUGGUCCUUGCCGUGUAUGCUUACCGCCACCAGAUCCAUCGCCGCAGCCACCAGCACAUGUCUCCUCUUGCAGCUCAAGAAAUGUCAGUGCGUAUGUCCAACCUGGAGAAUGACAGAGAUGAAAGGGACGAUGACAGCCACGAAGACAGGGGCAUCAUCAGCAACACUCGGUUCAUCGCUGCGGUCAUGGAGCGACACGCACACAGUCCAGAAAGGAGACGACGCUACUGGGGCCGCUCGGGGACUGAAAGUGAUCACGGUUACAGCACCAUGAGCCCGCAGGAAGACAGCGAGAACCCUCCCUGCAACAACGACCCCUUGUCAGCAGGGGUGGAUGUAGGCAACCAUGACGAGGACUUGGACCUGGACACCCCACCUCAGACUGCAGCCCUCCUGAGUCACAAGUUCUACCACUACCGCUCCCAACAUCCCACCCUCCAUCACAGCCACCACCUUCAGGCCGCCGUGACAGUGCACACCGUGGAUGCCGAGUGCUAACGGGUCCCCUCACCUCCCCAAGCAGAAGGGCACCGGGUGGUGCGGAGUGCUCCGAGAAGAAAUGAGCCGGUGUAAAGCCCUGCCACACAAGACACCCUGAGUGUCUGUGCUUUGUCCCGGGCGGUUUGCUGCCCCCUGGGGGCGUGUUUAAACUGAAACCGCCUAGUCCCUGAGAAGCUGAGGCCGGUUCUGAAACGGAGGGGGUGGGGUCUGCUGAUGAACCGACCCAAUGGAGCUCCAACAGAGACACUUGUAAAGGAAACUGAGUCAGGGGAAUGUUCCCAGCACCAGAAGCACUCGACCCCUGACCUGGAAGAGAGCUGGAGCCAAUGGCGGGAAUGGCGGGACGCAGCACACCAGAGCCUCCAACUGCUGGCAGACACUCCUGUUUCCCAGCGGUGCCUGGACGCCACCGUUAUUGUACUGAACUCACCUUGAGCUCUAAAUGAUGCAUCUCAAGAUUUCUAAGUAAAGGAUUAUUUUUCUACUAUUUAUUGAACUUUCAAACUUGGGGGGGAAAGGAACCGAGAGGUUCUCGGCCAUACCCCUGGCUGUUGUGUGUGAUGACGUGGUUCUUUGAUUAAGAAGUUGUGUUUCUUAUUUAACUGGUGAUCUUCCCACCACCCUGAUCCACAAAAAAAGAAAGGAAGGAAGGAAGGAAGAAGGAAGCAAUCUUUCUUUGGCUUGUUACAUCACUUUGCUGAAAUAUGUCAUCUGUGAUAGUAUUCCCUUUCUGGAGGGGCAAUGAUCCAAGAUGGUCUCAAAGAAAUGUCAUUCCCUUUAGAAUUAUUUCCACCUCCCAUAUAUAAGGUUUUCCUUAGGUUUCUACGAAAUCUAGUAUUACAGCCUUAGCCUUUCAGUUUAGGGAGGCUUGGGUUUAUUCGCUUUGUUUAAAGACUAUAAAUUUUAAAAUGUCUCGUUUUUUUACUCUGAGAAUAUUAAACAGAUAACGGAAGACAUUUUGAAAUUGUUAACUUGUGAUUCUUAAAAGAUUUCCUUUGAAAUCGUAGCUCAAAGCCUCUGCCACUGAGUCCACCAAACCGCUUUUGACUUCUCCGGGGAUUCAGCACAUGGCUGCUUUGGCGUGGGGCAUUGUGAUUUGAAAGUAGCGUUCUAAUUACAGUGGUGUAUUUUAGAUUCACGCUUUGUGAUUCCAAUAUGUUAUGAAGACAUUCUUUGCACCGUGUGUGUGGUAAAUCUCCGUUUAUAUGUAGUUGGAAAAAUUCACCAAACAAUGUUUUAAUAAUAGGGUAUCAUGAUAUACUGUAAAGAAUAAAAUAAAAAUUGGGUCCUCGGCACUACAGGAAGUAAACUCUAUAUGUGCUACCCAGAAACCCCUUCAUACUGUGUAUAAAAUUGCAGUCUAGUGAAAUAAACUGUAUGCAAUGAA